UGAGUGUGAAAAACAAAAACUGCAUAAUUUGAAUUGAAUUAAAAGUGAAUUAAUUGUUGUUUUGUUUUAAUUGGAUUGAAUAACAAUUGUUGUUGAUUGAGUGAACCACAAACGCCCCACUAGUUUUCGAAAGAAAAAUCGUAGUUUGAUUUUCAUUUUUUGCCAAAUUGAUUAGUGAUUUUGCCUGUUUGUGUAAUAUGCUUAAUAUUUUAAGUGCCAUUAAACCAUCACCAUAUGAUCCUUUAGUCGAGAAAGCAACAUCGGAUCAAAAUACAUCGGAAGAUUGGCAACAAAUAUUAGAAAUUAAUGACCGUGUUGCUGUCGAACAAGACGGACCAAAAGAUUGCAUGCGUUCUAUUAUCACUCGUCUUCAUUCGGAUAUUCCCUGGGUUAUUCUACAAACAUUAACACUUCUUGAUUCAUUGGUUAGCAAUUGUGGUAAACGUUUUCAUUUGGAAAUUUGUUCACGUGAUUUUGAAACCGAACUAUUACGAUUGAUUCGUGGUGGUAAAAAUAUUCAUCCCAAAGUAUCUGAACGUUCACGUUUAUUAUUGAAAAAAUGGGCACAAUCAAAAGAUUUUCGUAAAGAUCCGCAACUUAAUCUAAUACCUUCUUUAUAUGAUAAAUUAAAAUCUGAAGGCGUAUCAUUUCAUUCUUCUGAACCAUCCAAACAACGUAAAUCAUUAUCAGCAUUGGAGGAAACUAUGGCAAAAAAUCCCGAUUAUGUUACGAAUGCUGAAGAAGAAGCUCAAUUAGCCAAAGCUAUUGAAUUGUCUAUUCAGGAAGCAAAAAAACGUGGUAUCAAAACCGAUGCAGUUGCACCGGCCUCAACAACAUUAUCAUCUAGUUCAUCAUCAUCGACGACCACGACCGCCACCACAACCCCAUCAUCUCUGUAUCCAUCGUUCAAUAUGGCCGAAAUAGCUACUACUAAUAAUAAAUCGGAUGAUAAAGAACCGAUCAAAGUUCGUGCACUAUAUGAUUUCGAAGCAGCCGAAGAUAAUGAGUUAACAUUUAAAGCCGGCGAAAUUAUUCUGGUCACCGAUUCAUCCGAUUCGAAUUGGUGGAAAGGUUCGAAUCAUCGUGGUGAAGGCCUCUUUCCAGCGAAUUUUGUUUCUACCGAUCUAAAUGCCGAACCCGAAUACACGCCCACUAAGAAUAGUGACAAUGCGAAAAAAGUGCAAUUCAACGAAGAAGUGAAAGUUGUUAAAAUGGAUAAAGAUGAUAUCAAACCAGAAGAUGUGACCAUUGAUGAAGGUAAAAUCGAUGAACUAAUGUCAAUGCUGCAGGAAGCUGAUCCCAAAUCAUUCGAUGAUCCGGAUGAAUUGUUGCGAUUAGAGGAACAAUGUUUAGCAAUGAUGCCAUUGAUUGAUCAACAAAUGGAAUCUAUCGAUAAAAUGAAUGCCCGACUUACAUCAUUGAAUCAACAGCUAUCGUCAGCAUUGAAUCUCUAUCAUGAUUUGAUGAAAGAAAGCUUUCUUAUGGAACAAAUGGCAUCCUUACAGAUUAAUCCAUACAAUGCUGCUGGUCAACAACAACAACAAUUCGCAAUGGUCAAUGGUGUUAUGCCCCAAUCAUCCUAUAUGCAUCAGCAACCUAACAGUGUUGAAAAUAAUUAUUAUCAAUCCCAAUCGACGACAUCGACCAUCAACAACACCACAGUAGCAACAGCCACAGCAUCUUAUGGUGGUCAUAAUUCUGUUGCACAGGGCAAUCCACAACAACCACAACCAACAAUCUAUCCAUCUAAUCAUAUUGCAGUUGCUUCCUAUGCCACUACAAUGCAUCAACAACACGGUCCUGGUGUUUAUCAACAUUCGCAAAUGAUGAUGGCUGCUAACGCAUCUCCAAAUGGCUCGAUCAUGUUUUCGCCUAAUCAUCCUCCCGCCCCACAACAACCGCAGCCAUCGACAGUAAUGAUGACCACUAAUCAACAAUCGACACAGGCUGCAGCUGUGCCGAAUCUUCUUUGAAAUUUGGUUGUCUACAGAUUGAGAUUUGUAUAAAAAAAUGGUUUGUUUUGUCUGCAAUACCAGAUUGAUUCGAUUAUGGCAUGAUUCAGUUCUAAAAUACCG